AACACAUUCAUCUCUAGUUUAACUGUGAUCCCUUAUUGUACAAUUAAAAUAUUGGUAUAUAUUAAGGAACUUGGUUUAAUUCAGGAAGAGUGUGCAACCUGGCACCUUUGCAUGCUCUACUCUCCACUCUAUCCUCUGCUCUCUGCAACCCUAGCUUCCCUUGUGAAUUCUCUUUCACUUAAUUGAUUAGCUCUACAUUUUUAUGAUAUUUCCGAGGAAAAAAAAUAUUCCGCUUCUCUCCUCUUCAUUUUAAGUACAUUAAAAUUCAGUGUUGAUAUCUCGUACGUACUAGGAGAUCUCUAAUUUAUAUAUAAUUUUCAAUAUUUAAUUAAAAAAAGAAAUUGCAAAAGCUUUUGUUACUCUGAACGGUAUUGAAAGAGUUUGACACAUUUAAACAGGAGGAGAGGAGAAAAGUGGAAGAAUGAAAGGUUCGGAGAAAGUAAUGUGGGAUCAGGGUCGAUGUGCACGAUCCUCGGCCUCCCAGAAGCUUAUGGUAUGGCUCAUGUUCCUGGUUUCACUCACCUACAUGGCUUACACUCUCAAGCUGGUAUCCACGUCCACGUCAUCAAGCACGUGCAACCACGCGCCUUUCAUCAUCAACCACCUCUCCUCCACAACCUCUUUCUCUUCCUCAAAUGGAACGGAGUGGCCGGAAGCGGAAUCUUCAUCUUCAUCCCACAAUUCCCGUGCCGGAAAGGGGAAACGGGGGCAGAAAACGGAGCUCCGGCACCUGGUGUUCGGAAUCGCGGCGUCGUCGAAGCUAUGGGAACACAGAAAGAACUACAUAAAGAUUUGGUACAAGAAGGAGAAGAUGAGGGGAGUGGUGUGGCUGGACGAUCGCGUGAAGAGGAACCCCAGCGAAGGGUUGCCACCAACCAAGGUUUCCACCGACACUUCCAAUUUCGUAUACACCAACAAGCUGGGCCACCGCUCCGCGAUUCGAAUAUCGCGCAUCGUGACGGAAACGCUGCGUAUGGGGCACAAGGACGUGCGGUGGUUCGUGAUGGGCGACGACGACACCGUUUUCGUGACGGACAAUCUGCUGAGGAUUUUAAACAAGUACGACCACAACUACAUGUACUACAUUGGGAGCUUGUCGGAGAGUCACUUGCAGAACAUAUUCUUCUCCUACGGCAUGGCCUAUGGUGGGGGCGGUUUCGCCAUAAGCUACCCUUUGGCCAAAGCUCUGAGCAAAAUGCAGGACCGUUGUAUUCAGCGCUAUCCUGCUCUCUAUGGCUCCGAUGAUCGAAUGCAAGCUUGCAUGGCUGAACUCGGUGUUCCACUCACUAAGGAAAUCGGUUUUCACCAGUAUGAUGUGUAUGGGAACUUGUUUGGGCUUCUUGCAGCUCAUCCAGUGACUCCAUUGGUGUCACUGCACCACCUUGAUGUGGUUGAGCCAAUCUUCCCAAAUGCCACUAGAGUAGAAGCCAUUAAACGGCUAACCAUUCCAAUGAAGCUUGACUCGGCAUCUCUCAUUCAACAAUCCAUUUGCCAUGACAGAAAUAGGAGAUGGACCAUUUCAGUGUCAUGGGGUUUUGCUGUUCAGAUAUUUCGCGGGAUAUUUACACAGCGGGAGAUGGAAAUGCCUUCAAGAACAUUUCUCAAUUGGUAUAGAAGAGCAGAUUACACUGCAUAUGCCUUCAACACACGCCCGUUUAGCAGAAACCCGUGUCAGAAACCUUUCGUGUUUUACUUUUCAAAGGCAAAACUCAAUUCUACCUUGCAACAAACAGUGACUGAUUAUGAAAGAGAUCCGAUUCCUUCUCCAGAAUGUCGAUGGAAUAUGGCUGAUCCUUCUGCUCUUGACAAAAUAGAGGUGCAUAAGAAGAAAGACCCGCAUCUAUGGGAUAGAGCCCCAAGGAGAAACUGUUGUAGAGUGAUGAAAUCGAACAAGACAGGAAUCUUGAAGAUAGAAGUGGCUGUAUGUAGAGAUGGUGAGUUCAGUGAACCUGCUUAAUUGUGACAAGUGUUGAUUAAUAUUACCCUAUAUAUAUUAGGCUCUUUGUAUAUAUUCUUCGACCUUAUUUCUUCAUUUAUUGGACGUUACUUGAAUUUUUAAUGCCAUUAUAUUCUUCCUGAGUAUCCCGAAACUGGAUGGUGGGGAAAGAACGUACUUGUUGUAAUACAUAAUAAUUGUUGCUAUAUUAUUGGUUACGAAUUUGUAUUUCAACUUAAUUCUGUUGCAGAUUAA